AAUUGAAUCAUGUCUUUCACAGAUACAACGUUUAUAUUCAUUGUUAUCACAACAUUAUCCAUUGUCUCGUUAAUAAACGGUCAAAUAUUUACGAAUAAUUAUCAUAGUAAUAAUAAUAGUUAUGAUAUUUAUAAUUUAACACGUCAUGUUGAUAUUGUUGAUAUAAUAAAUGGAGUACAGAAGACAAAGUUUAAUGUUUUGGCAACGGAUAAUUUUAAAAGUGUUCAAAAAUUGGUCGCAUCAACAGCUGAUAAUGAGUGCAAUCAACAAUUGGACCUUUUUAAGGCUGGCAUCAUGAAAAAGGAAUUUUGGGCUCUAAAAAUGUUGGAUGCAUCAUCGAAGAUUCCAGCAGGAAUACUCAAUGGAUUUAGCAAAGAUCUAGGAAUGUAUGACGAAUGUUUAUCUAUUCAAGAAGUUAAAGAUAAUUUUACUAUACGUGGGCGUCAGUGCAUGUAUAAACCUUCUAUUGGAUUACCAGGAUUAGCACAAAUACCAUUCCAGUUAUCUUUAUCAGUUUGUGUACCGUCUAUUUGCACUCCUGAACAAGUUAAAGAAUUCUUAGAAUCAAUUCUCAAAUCAAUGAAAAUUUAUUUAUCACCAUUUGUCAAUACUUCUGCUAUUCAGAUUCAAUCGGUAUCUUGUAUAUCAAUUGAACCCAAGCCUUGGAGUACAGGAGGAAUAAUUACUUUGUCAAUAUUAGGAAUUUUCAUCGGCUUCUUGACCAUUUGUACCAUCAAUGAUAUUUUAAUGAGAUCAAAUAUUAUACAAAAGACUGACAAUGUAAUAAUGAAUGGUCUAGCACAAUUUUCUUUUUAUUCAAAUAGUCUGAGGAUACUUAGUACCAAAACACCCAAGGGUACAUUACCAUCGAUAGCUGGAUUACGAUUUUUCAGCAUGGCUUGGGUUGUUUUGGGACACAAUUAUGUUAUGCCAUUUGCUGGAAGUAUUAUAAAUUUGGUUGAUAUUGGAGAGUGGGUUCAUUCAUGGGACGCAGUGUAUAUUCUUAUAGCUCCAUUUGCAGUUGACUCUUUUUUUGUUAUGAGUGGAUUUCUAACAGCCUACUUAUUCCUCAAGGAAAUGAGCAGUGGACAUAAGUUUAAUAUUAUUACUUACUACAUACAUCGUUAUUUAAGAUUGACACCAGCUCUAGGAAUAUUAAUAUUAUUAACAAUAUAUAUUUUUCCACACUUCGGAAGUGGUGCUCUUUGGGACGAAAAUAUAAGUAGCCAAUCGGAAAUAUGCUCCAAGAGUUGGUGGAGACUUCUCUUGUACAUACAAAAUUAUUCCGCGGCAGAAACUAUGGGAUGUUUAGGUCACACGUGGUAUUUAUCAGUUGACAUGCAUUUCUUUUGGUUGUCUCCAAUCAUUUUAUAUCCACUAGCAAAGAGACCUAAAAUUGGUCUGUAUAUUUUAUCAAGCUUCAUAGUGGCUUCUUUUAUUGUCCCUGCUGUGAUUGCCAAUAUGAAUAAAUACUCUGCAGCAUUAUAUCCUACUGACCUACAGCAGCUACAAGAUAUGAUGAUUAAUUUCUACGUCACCAGUCAUACGAGAGCUGGACCAUGGCUACUGGGUGUUUUCUGCGGUUACAAGCUUCAUACUACCAAAGGAACUUAUUGCAAAAAAUUCAUUAUUCUAGGAUGGAUCCUAGCAGUUUUAGCAUUUGCAUUUUGUUUCUUUACAUUGAGGAUUUUUCAACAUCCAGACUAUAAAUAUGAUAUUUAUUGGGAAACUUUUUAUGCUGGUUGUUCUAGACAUAUUUGGGCUUUUGGAGUUUGUUGGAUUAUUUAUACAUCAGCUAUUGGAUAUGGAGGAAUUAUCAAAAACAUAUUAUCAUUUUCAAUAUUCCUACCUUUCAGUAGGAUAUCAUAUUGUAUUUAUUUGAUUCAUUUCAUCAAUGAAGCCAUGAAGGCAAGUGCUACAAGGGUACCAGGAUAUUUUUCAGAUUUUCAAAUGAUCAACAUAUUUUUUAGUGAUUUUGUGCUAAAUAUAUUAGCAGCAUUCGUUUUCACACUUUGUUUUGAAUCACCUUUUUUAGUGUUAGAAAAAAUGAUAUUAAAGGGUAAUAAACAAAGACAAAGUGCGAAUAUUAUUCAAAAUGAAGGAAUGAAAAAUAGUAGUGUGGAAAAUGGAACUGAUAAUUAUGCAUUCAAGGAAGAUGAGGCAUCACACAGUAAUGAUUUACUUCAGAAGUUGGAUGACAAAAAUGACAAUAAAAGUUAAUGACUCCUACUUUCAGGGUGAGAUUAAAUUUAGUUUUGUGAUAAAUUAAGAAUUAUUGAUUGUAAAAUAUUUAUCAGUUGAGAUUUUUUAUUGAUAUUGUAAGAUAAUGGCACGACAAAUGAAUAAAAAGAUCAAAAGUUUAUUAAAAAUGA